AUGGAUCAAAAUUGCAACGUGAUCUCAAGAGUGACUCUCAAAGAAGCUAUUAAUUCACAGAGAAUUUUGAUUGACACUGGUGACCCAGAUGUUCCAGACUACAUUCAAACUCUUCAGAAAGCAUUGUCUGAGUUUAACUGUAGUAUUCAGGAAAUAAUCCUGACCCACUGGCACAGUGAUCAUGUGGGAGGAACAGCAGAUGUCUGUAGGGAUAUUACUAAAUCCAAUCAGACUAGAGUUUCAAAGUUCAAACGCCCACCUGAGAAAGCAGAAAUUGAUAGUGGAACUGUUCCUUGUCAUUUUAUAAAUGAAAAUCAUGUGUUCAAAACCGAUGGAGCAACCUUAAGAACCAUUUUUACACCAGGCCAUGCAGAUGACCACAUCUGUUUAUUCUUAGAGGAGGAUAGCAUCUUGUUUUCUGGAGACAAUAUCCUCGGAGAAUCCACAACGAUUUUUGAAGAUCUCCACACAUACAUGGCCUCUUUACAAAAAAUGCUGACUCUAAAUCCAUCCAUUAUAUACCCUUCCCAUGGACCUAUCAUUACAAAUCCAGUGGAAAAAAUCGAGUUCUACAUCAGUCAUCGUCUACAGCGGGAGAACCAAAUAAUCCAGUUAUUAAAAUCAAAACCCACCACAUCAUUUACACCAUUAGAUAUUGUGAGAAAUGUAUAUGAGGAUUUUGCACCAGAAUUGGAGAUGGCAGCUGCAAGUAAUGUACGACACCAUCUCUCCAAGUUACUGAAGGAUGAAAAAGUGGAAUCAGAAACCAAAGAUGAUGAACAAAUCUGGAGGAUAAAGAGCAACAGCAGGAUGUGAAUACAAGUGGACAAGUCAUUUUGAAGAUUAAUACCUGAAGACAUUUGUAUUGAGGCAAUGGUCCCAUGUUGUGAAACCAGUACAUUAUUGAUAAUCAGAUGUUGGUUGUGAAACCAGUACAUUAUUGAUAAUCAGAUGUUGGUUGUGAAACCAGUACAUUAUUGAUAAUCAGAUGUUGGUUGUGAAACCAGUACAUUAUUGAUAAUCAGAUGUUGGUUGUGAAACCAGUACAUUAUUGAUAAUCAGAUGUUGGUUGUGAAACCAGUACAUUAUUGAUGAUCA